GUUGCUGUUCAGCUGCAGGAGGCAGGAACAUUGCAUCAGGUGGCUGUGAAAGUCGCCCUCCUCCCAUUCUCCUGGUACAUCCCUUUUCCACCCCUGAAACAGCCAAUUUUCGACCUCCAACUUGAACCUCCAGCUGUAGACGAUGUUGCUUCCUUCUUCCACAUCCAAUUCAUCCUCUCCCUCUUUCAUCUCACUUGUUCUCUCUCAUCCUUGUCCUGCAGUGACACCAAUAACCUCUCCGCGGUCCUCACCUUCCUCACUCACCUUCAAGCCGCUAUCUCUCGGACCACCUCUGCUCCACCGGGUGCCUCAAAUCCCCAAGCUCGCCAGAUGCUGACUUUUGGAAGCAGCGAAGUGGAGAGGGACUCGUGGGGCGAGCCCACACCCACUUCUUUACCCUCCAGCCGCCUGAAUUCUUCGUCUGGCCGGUCUCGUGUGUCUUUUAGAGAUGCCGCGGAGGACGACGUGGAAAGCGAAGAUGAGAAGGAGGAGGCACAAGGUGGUGAGAGGUGGUCUGGGAAGCGUGUGGGGGGUGGAAAAGCAGAUGGUUCCGAGUUCGGGCCUCGCGUGCGGAGGACUGGGGGUGGGAAGCGGUUGAGCAUUGGAGAGCUGCCUGUUGACGGAAGCGAGGUAGACACGGAUUCUGACGAGGAUAAUGAGAGGGGUGGAAAGAGAGUGUCUCUGGAUGAUAGUCCUCUGGACAUUUUAGGUCCGAGUUCUGAAUGGCACUCUCAUGGAGCGCCACGGGAGGGCAUGCGUGAGAUGAGAACGCGAGGAAGGAGUAGGGAUGGUGGAGAAAAGGACGGGAGAGGUGAAGGUUGCCGUGUGUAUUCAAUGAGUGGGUGGAGGGAGAGGCGGAGGGGUUGGCAGGGAAGCAGUGGGGAGGGAGAGGUAGCAGGAAGCGAUGCAACGAGUGAAGUGUGGAAGCUGCAGGCUGAGCUGGGAUGUGGAAUGGUGAUCAUGUCCAUAGAAGGGGUAUCCUUUGGCAGCGUCAUCAUGCAGAGAGUGAAGGUGGAUUUGACCUCGCAGCCAAACGCAGUGGAUGUGGAUCUCACAGUUGGCGAUCUGGAUGUGGUUGACAUGCUCGCCAACUCCAAGCACUACGCUCACAUCUUUGAGCCCAACGGAGACCUUCCAAGCCUUAACCUCGUUGUUCGGCAGAACAUGGUGCUACGAGGGCCCAACCUACCUGCCAAGCCUCAGGUGUGUGUGUUCGUGGAGAGCCAGCAGACAAGGAUAACUGCCAUCUUCCGCUUCUUCAACGACUUUGCUCUCUUCGUGGAGCGCAUGGCCCCCAUCUUCUCACCUCCCCAGGCAUCCGGUGCAUCUAAAGAAAUCGGCGGCUCAGCCAAGGGCCAGGAUGCCAAGAGGGAGCGGUCAAAGCAAGGGGAGGGUAAAGCAGCUGGGGAUUCCGAGGGAGGUGAUGCACCCCCACUGGUGUUCCUGCACAUCUCUGACCUGUCGCUCUGCCUCCCAGUGUCGUCGUGGAGCGAGGAGUCUCUGGAUGUGCGAGUGGAGACCAUCAACCUCAUCGUUCCCACUCCGGCUUCUCAGCGCCUGUCCCAGCACACACUGCUCAGACUUGCGACAGGCAUCCGCCCUCAGGACCCCUCCUUCUGGAAGCCGCUGGUGGAUGCUCUGGACCGCUCCCCCCCCUCCUGCCCCGACUCCGUUGGCAUUCAGCUCUCCCGCUUUGGGGCCUACUGGUCUCCUUCUAAGACCAUCACCCCCAAGGUGGAGCGGAACAUCAUCUCUGAGAGUGGUGUCUUCAUCUCCGUGCAGUCCAAUCCAUCACGAGUGCACGUGCACUGGCCUCAGGUGGAGAUCCGUCUGGGCCCCACUCAGUACAACGCCAUCAUGACCCUCAUCUUCCAGAACCUCGCAGAGGGCUGCUCCUUCACAGACGACCAGGUGCACAACCCGCAGGUGGGUCGGCCCUUGGGCGGCGAGGCUGCUCCUCCAGACCCCUGCAUCAGCCUGGCAGGGCUCACCCCCGGCUUGGAGAUUCAGCUGGACUUUGGCCGCGCUGUCAUCCACGCCGAGAUGGAGCACCCAGCCACUCUGGUUGAGAACGGCUUCGGCGACCCCCUUUUGUCCUUGAGAGCGCACCGCCUCACCAUUGUCUACUCCGACUACACUGAUUUCUCGCAAGUGACAGUGAAGGCGUUUCGCCUGCUCUUGGUGGACGACCGCUUCCUCAAAUUCUCCCAGUCGGAGCUGGCCCUUGUGGAGACCAACAGCUCGCGUGCCAAGCCAUCCCCCACCUCAGCUUCCACAUCCACCCGCCUCUCCACACCCCCCAACCACCCUCUGGGAGGCGAGUCCGGACAAGGGCUUGGGUGCGACCUGGACAGGUCGUUUCUGGUGAACGUGGUGAUGAAGCAGGAGGGCACGACGGGCGUGCAGGUGGUGUUUGAGCGCACCAGCAUCGUGUGGCCCUUCUACACGGACCUGUCUCUAGUGUGGGAGUUUCUGGAGGUUGUGGCUGGGUACUUUCAGAAGCCGGGGUGUGCGCUCGGGCCUGCCAGCCUGCAGCCAGAUUCGUGGCUCAUGGUCAACAUCCUGCUGCACGACUUCGAUCUCUUGUUGCCCGUACCAGAGGAGAGCCUCAUCAACGUCUGCCCGCCUCCCUCCAGCUCCCAGCACUCCAGCCCUCGUUGCACCGACCCUCCUCUCGCCACCCCAUCACCAAUCACCGCUGACUCUCCUGCCUUCCACUCCGCCCAGUCCCGCAUGCCUCCUCCCUCCACCCCGCCUGACCGCUUCUACGAUGCUUCUGAGGCUCUUACUGCCAGCCGACGCAGCAGCAGUACUGGUGGUGGUGGUGGUGGUGGUGGUGCUGCCAGUGGCUUUGGCAGGAGUGGCAGUAGUGGCAGCGAGCAGUUUGACAAUGCGAGGAACACGUUUGAAGAGCCAGUGUGGGUGCCAGAGCUGCAGGUGUGGAGCGACGAUGUAGACCUCUUUCUCUCGGAGCUCAAAGCCCACGGGCUCAAGAUCAGGGGACAGACUUUGAGAGUGGGGCAUUUUGCAGGAGGGGACAGGGAGAGCAAGCUCCUGGUGGACUUUAUCCGCGUCAGCAGCGUGUUCGUCCACCAGUCUCAGUACUUCGCCCCUCACGAUUUGUUUGGGGAGUUCACUGCUCAGCUGCUGUUCAGCCAGCACUCUCCCAAGUGCGCCAAUAGGCAAGCCAGCCUGCUGUCGCUGCACAUCACACCUGAUCUCCAUCCGUCUUUCUCCUCAACUGCACCUUCGCCGUCUGCGACUGCUGCUGCUGCUGCUGCUGCUGUUGCUGCGUUUGCUAUGUCCACCACCGGAGGGCAAUCUGGCAGCAGCUGCAUCAAGUCUGGUCGUCUGCCUAUCUACUUUGUUUUCUCCCAUCUGGUGGUGUUCAGCUCGUUCCUCCGAACGCUCAGCAUCCGCCUCAAGCGCAGCGAGGGCAACCUGCUGCAUCAGAAGAAUCUCGAACUGUACGGGGACCCACUGCCGCCCGCCUUCGUGCCGUCCAAGCUGGCCAUCAACCUUCAGAUCCACGAGCUCUUUGUUGCUCUCAUCGACGACAGGAUGGGGAACCCCACGUCAGUGCUGGAGCUGGUGGCCAAGGGCAUCGUCUUCAAUGCCAACAGCCAGAUACUCACGGAAGGAGGACCCGAGCUGCUCUCCUGCCGCCUCUCCCUCAUUCUCCUCUCCAACUUCCUCAACUCCGGCUUUGAGAUCAUGGAGCCGAUGACCGAGUCCUGGCAGCUGGGGGCGGACGUGAAGUCCACGGGCAACCACGUGACGAUAGCGGUGCAGUCACACCAGCUGCUGAACGUCAUGUUCACGCCCAUGCAGCUGCGCUCGCUGGGAGACGCCCUCAACUUCUACUCGCUGCUCUCCAACUCGCUGCCCGUGCUGCCGGGGGGGAGCCUGCAUGGUGGAAGCGACCGUGACGAGUUGGGCUCGGGAGCGUCUUCAACAGGUCAUGGAGGAUCCGUUACACGGGCUACCUCCGCCCGGAUGACUAGAGCGAUGAGCAUGCUGAGGGCUCGCGAGUACUUCCCCAAGUCCGGAACCCUUGCAGAGACACUGGAGGCGUCACUGCAAGAGGUGGCGGUGGGGAUGGUGAGCUACAGAAUGGUCAACCUCUCAGGCCACACUCUCUACUACUGGACCGAGAAGGAUGAGGAGAAGUCCAAGACGUACUCAGUGGAGGAGGGCGAGGAGCAGGUGCUGGAGGUGCAGCCGGUGCAGAAAGUGGUCACUCUCCGGGACACGCGCAAGAUUCUCGCGCGCACCAUCUGUGUCAAGCUCAAGGGGGACUGGCUGCCCAUCAACGACAUUGUCAUGGACAAGGUGGGCAAGUACGUGAUGGACCUACGGUUGCCGGGGAGCACAGUGGUGCUGCCGGUGGUGUUUGACGUUACGCUCAAGUCGCGCACCAAGAUCAUCACCGUGCACUCCACCAUGCACCUCCGCAACGACCUCGACGUGCCGCUCGUCUUCUUCGCCCUCCUGCCCAGCCCCAAAGAGACCGGAGGGGAGAAUGCCAAGUCCUCCUCGCAGGUCUCCAAGUUCGCGCUCGGCCCCAUACAUCCCCAGCAUGAGAUCUUCAUGCCCAUCUUUGCAGCUCUGGGAGGCCAACUCAUGGCUCAGGCACAGGGCUUUGCGCGGGCAGAGAAGGACGUGGUAGCACUGGACCCAGAGCACCUGCUGGAGCAGCAGGGCCUCCUCGAGUUCCCCAUCCUCAAUCAAGGCACCCGCUCCCCACUCGUGGGCAGAGGCAGCAGCGGCGGCGGCAGCAGCAGCAACAACAAACUGCUGAGCCGCUUUGGCAGCAUGACACGGAGGCACAGUGACGGCGGGGGGAGUGUGAGACUGAGUGAACUUGGGAGUGUGAGGAGGGGGAGCAUGGCGAACGGAGGAGAGGACGAGUUUGAUAGGAGGAGCAGUGGUGUGGGUACAUCGGAGGAGGAGUUUGACAAUGCGAGUGAUGUGAGGAGGCCGUUCUACUGCUGUCUGCAGGUCAUCUCGGAUCCUCUGGCACACAGUGCGAGCAACGGGCUGUAUGAGGAGUUCACGCUGUCCUUUGUGCCCCCUGUGGCCAUCCAAAACGGGCUGCCAUAUCACUUGGAGGCGUAUGUGUGGGACGUGGAGUGGGGCACGCGGCACAUUGUCUACGUCCCUUCGGGCGAGUCCCGAGACCUCUACCACGUCAGCCUGGACCACACGCUGCAGAUGCACAUCGCUGCGGGGAGUACAGGACACGUCGCCGGUACCCCAUCCACUUCCCUCCCAAUGGACCCUAACCCUCUCCCCCCUCCACCCCCUCUCGCCAGCCCGCUGCUCCAGAAGCAGUUUGGCAGCCGUGCCUUUGCCUACGACGUGCGCUCUCUCCGCCUGGCGGUCAAAUGCCGCCUCUUCCCGCAGCACGCUCCUACAGCCUCGCCCAUCACGCUCUCCAUCGACAACCGCCACAACUGGCAGUCGCGGAACCGCAGCAUCGCGCUGCUCGCUCACUACUGGGUCAUCAACCUCACCAAGUUCCGCCUCAAGCUCUCCUCUGGAUCCUCCAAUAACCCCCUCGAUUGCCCGCGGUACCAGGAGGGCCAGCCCGCCUUGCUGAACGUGCGCCGGGGGGCAAUCACUGCGAUCAGCCUCGAUGGCUAUCAUUGGUCCAAAUCGAUCUCGAUAGAUUCUGUGGGGAUCAAGGGGUCGGUUGCGGUUGCUGGGCCUGCGUCCACCAUGCUCCCACAGAACCACCAGCAUCACUCGCUAUGGCAUCAUGUGGAUUCGUCAGCAGAUGCUCCGUUGCUUCGGCAGCAGACGGCGGAGGAGUGGGAGAAUGUGGUGCAACUGGAUGCCCCUGCUGGCACUCCCUCUCGCCACACCACCUCCUCCAUAUCACCCUUCCCAGCCCUGCGGCGGUUCGAGUUUGGGGUGGAGGUGCGGCUGGCGCCGUCACUGUGCGAGGGCACGAAGCUCGUCAUCAUCUCGCCGCGCUUCAUGGUGUCAAACCAGACCGGGCAGCCCAUGCAGAUCGCCCAGAUCGGCACCACCACUGCCCGGGUUCUGGCGGACAAGAUGCGGCAGGCGUUCCACUGGGAUGACGAGAAGCUCGGGACGUACCUGGUGGCUCGGUUGCUGAACAGCGAUGAGGCGGAGGAGGAUGAUGUGGAUGAUGGUGAUGAGGAGGAGGAGGAGGAGGGGAAGGAAGGGGAGGAAGGGGAGGAAGGGGAGAAAGGGGAGGAGGAGGAUGGGCACAGCUUGAGUUCUGAUGAAGAGGAUAGUGAGGGGGAGGAGGAGGACGGGAGAGGGGAGGGAGCGAGGGAGAGUCGCGUAGCAGGUGAGGUAAGUGGGAUGCAGCGACUGAGGAGGGACUCAGAGGAUUCGCACGUGUCGUGCGAGUCGAUGGAGGGAAGAGAGCAGGUGCAGGCAGGGGUGAGCAGCAUUGGUUCCGGAGGGACUGAUGAUGGUGGGGACAGCAACGGUGAUAAGUUGACGAGGUUGCCUAAGGGCCAGGAAAUCGCAGCAAGUGGCAGGUUGCAGGGUAGUGGUAGCGACAGGCAGCAGCAGCAACCCCACAGUGGUGGCAGUGGCAGCAGGCGUAGGCAAGUGGAGAGCAACAGCCGUCAAAAGGGGGAUGGAAGCCGCGGGAAGAGGGAGGAUGGAGGCAAGGGCGGCAGCAAAGGCGGGACUGGAUCUCGAAAGAAGAGUGCAGGAAAAGGACGGGGGAGCAAAGGAAGGGAGAUGGACGUGGAUUGGGAGUGGUCUGGUGCGUUUGAUAUUGACAAGCCGGGAGAAUCAGCGGUGCGCAUCAGGCACAGGCGCAAGAAGGGCAAGUAUGCCAUCCUCUCCAUUGACGUCUCGCUCAACGGCGCGUCUGCGCUCGUCACGUUUGACACCUGCAGCUCCAAGCACAAGCCCCCGCCCUAUCGCAUUGAGAACCACUCGGCCUUCAUGAGCAUCAAGUACGGGCAGCUCACCACCCCCACGCGGCAAAGGCUGCCCCCCAACCGCUCCACCAACUACGCUUGGGACCAGCCGCGCAUGGCCCAGCUGCUGCAGGUGGAGAUCGAGGGGUUUGGUGUGACCCGUGAGUACGACCUGGACGGCAUCCGCGAGCUGCCCACCAUCAUCCUCUCUGAAGACGACUUCACCGGCAAUGCAUCGCUGAGGGACAGGAUGUUUGUGAUGGUGGGGACGCAGGCUCGAGCGGUGGCAGCGCUGUACGUGAACGUGUAUGCAGACGGGGCCACCAGAGUGCUCUCCUUCUCCGAUACCAAACACACCUCCAAGGUGUCGGAGGAGGACGAGCGCACCACGCUUCAGGAGAAGCUGCAGGUUACGAGCGAGCGAAUCGACUUCGCCCGCAAGGUGCUUCAGCGCACUCGUGCUCUCGCAGGAGAAUCCCCACUGGAUGCUUCGGAGGCAAAGCCAUCAUACAUGGAGACUCCCGAGUACAGUGCAGCCAUGGCCAGCUUCGCACCCAACCACCACCCCUCCGUGCGCUCUACUAGCAGCAGCUCCUCUGCUCGCAGCAACAGGCACCUCCGUCGCAGCAGUAGCGACACUCCUGUCGCCUCUACAAGCAGGAACCCCUCUGCUUCCGUCGUAGCUGCCACUGCCACUGGCAGUGUGAAGGAGCAGUUCUUUUCCAGAGAAGAUUCAGAGGGCUCCUCCCCUCGCACUCCCCCAGAGACCUUCCACGUGUUUACUGGCAGUAGUUCCGAGCCUUCUCCUGCCAGUCAAGCCGCUGGUGAUCCAGAUCCGGUCACCACACCGCCCAGGAGCCCCCUCCAGAGAAGCUUUGCCCUUUCCUCCAUUGCAGCUGCUGCUACUGCCAAAGAGGCCCGGGCUUCAGGCCUCGCUAACAGCAGAACUGUGAGUGACUGCUCUGAUGCCUCUGCUGAGCACGUGAAGUCACAGCCAGGCAAGGCAGGACUCCGUAGGAGUAGGAGUCAAGAGGCAGCGGUGUUGCAAGCAGGGAAGGGUGAGCUAUCUGCCAAAGGAGAGGGAAAGGCAGAGAAAGGAAAGGGUGUAGCGAAGGAGGAUUCAGGAGGUUCGGAAGUGGUGGGAAAGGGUGGUAAAGGGGAAGGGAGCGGUGAGGAGACCCAUGCAGAAGGCAGCAACUCACAUUCUCAAGAAGCACCCAGAGAAUUCGGUCUUUCACGCCCUGAAGUGACCAAGGCAGGGGCAGGAAGCAGUGCCAGUUCUGGGGAGUAUGCAGGCAGGGCAGCAAGGCUGAAAGGGCAGCAGGCGCUUGACUAUGUGUACCUUCCUGCAAGCGCGGCCGCCGUGCCUGAGUACCCGAUGAGUCUGGUUGAGGCAACGGCGUAUGGCGUGCAGGCAGGAGUGCUGGUCGUGAAGGCAGGGAUGGGGGUGCUGGAAGGGGUGGGGGAGGUGGCAGAGGAGAGUGUGAAAGAAAAUGUAGGGCCAUGCGUCGGAGCUGUCAAGUCAUCAGCUGCUGAAAUACCAGCAGAGAUGAUUGUGGAAGGUGCCAGGUAUGUAGGAUCCGCAGCAGCAGAGGCGAAAUGGAUGUUGAAAUCAGCAGUGAAGGUGCUGUCAAAGGAGAAAGCGGAUGGGGCAGCAGCUGCAGAAGCAGAGGAAGGGGUGAGUCAGGGGGAAGGGACUAAGGAGGCAGAUACACCAGAAGCAGCAGAUGCAGCAGCACGUGUAGACGCCUCAACUGCAUCUGGAGAAUCACAGGGUGCCUCAGCUUCAGCCGCUACAGGCAAGGGGAAGGAAAAAUCACAGGUGCCAGAGUCGAAACAAGAUGAGAGCGAUGGUGAAGACAUGAAGAGUGGGUAUGGUGGCGGGGGGGAGGAGAGGAAGCCAGAGAGCCGUGUGCAAGGGGCCAGUGGCGAGGAGAAUCACCAAGGACUUGAGACGGAUGAGGUUUCUGAGAAGGCAGGGAGCCUUUCCCGUGUGAGGGAAGAAUCAGAGGAGGAGUUGAAUGAGGGAGGAGAGGAAGGAGUGGAGCAGGGCAGCUGCAGUGAUGCAGGUAGAGAACAGAGUGCAGUCAUGGAUGCUGGCGUGACUGAUAGUGAUGCUGGGAGAGGCGAUGGUGACGAGGCAAGGGGAGCAGAGAAGGAGGAGAGCGUAUGCAUGGUAGACGCUGGGGUCGAAGGACAGACAAGUGGAGCGCAGAGGGAAGAGGGGCAGGGGGCAGACGCGGCAGUGGAACAGGGCCAAGGGGAGGAAGCUGAGGGCAGGAGCGGAGAGACGGAGGGGGUUGGAGGAGGAGGAGGAGGAGAAGGAGGAGGAGGAAGUGAGAGAGUGGAAGCGCCUGUGUCUGCAUCUCUCCUUGGUUCCUCGCUGGCUGCUGCUCGCUUUGUCCUGGGGUUGAAGAGAGGCAGGGCUCGUCGUACAGGUGGCGCCAGUGAAGGAGAGCGAGCGGCAGCAAAAACAGAACCCACUAUUCACCUGGAUUCUCUCUCCUCCUUCCCCCCUCUCAAUUGCAACCGUAUCCAAGCCACUCCCCUCAGCGCGCCAACAGCAGACCCCAACACUCGUGGUGCUGCUGCUGCCUCCCUCUCACCCUCCAGCUGCAGCCUUGGCGAAUCAAGCAGUGGUGGCAAAUCCAGCGAUAAUCUCUCUGCAAAUAUUGCCAGCGAUGCUGCCAAAGUUUCCACUGUCGCUGCUGCUGCCGCCGCCGCUGCUGCUCCUGGUGAUCCCGUGUUGCUAGAAACCGCGGCAGCCAAAACAGAGCCAGCCAUUCACCUGGAUUCUCUCUCCUCCUUUCCCCCCCUCAAUCGUGAUCGUGACCAAGCCACUCCCCUCAGCACGCCAACAGUAGACCCCAACACUCGUAGUGCUGCUGCUGCCUCCCUCUCACCCUCCAGCCGCAGCCUUGGCGAGUCAAGCAGUGGUGGCAAGAACAGCGAUAAACUCUCUGCAAAUGUUGGUGUUGGCGCCACUGCUGCCGUGGUCAACACAGGGAAGAGAGUGACAGGAGCGGCAUCAGCUUUGCAUUCCGCUGCAGCUGCUUUCCUCGAUGGCACUUCAGAGAAAGUUCAGGAGAAGUUUCACGAGGCCCAGGAGGCGUUUGAGGAGGCAGAGGAGAGGGCGGGGGAGUGGCGGGCUGAUGAGGGGUUUAAAGCGCAAGUGGGGGCGAUGAGGACAGUGCGCUCUAUGGAGUCAUUUUUCGGGAGACAGGCGGACAAGCUGAUGGAGGCCACACACGUUCCUGACAUAAUUAAAUCUGCAACAGCUGCAGAGCUCCGGGCACACUGGCCCCAUGACAGCUUCAGGUUGCCGUCGUCGAGAAGCGAGGGAGGAGAGAUGGUCAGCGACGGGGAAGGGAAUGAGUUGAUGCCCGUGCCCACGCUUGAAGAGCUUCAGAGCAUGGCGGGGGCGGUAGCAGCUGCUGAGUUGGAGUUUAUCGGGCGGAAUAGGCCGACUGGAUUGGUCAAGAGCGCGAGUGUUGCCUCAGGGCAGAUGGCAGCAGUAGCGAGGCGAGGCCAGGAUGUGGUGGCGAAGGCAGGAUCCAUGGUCAAGGGAGCAGUUGGGAGCGCCCUCGCUGCCGGCUCGGAGGCGGCUGUAGCAGAGGGUAAGGCCUUAAGGGCCGGGGCGUCUGUAGCGCUGAGUGUUAUGGGCGGGAGGCUGGGGGAGAUCAAGGAACACGCUGAUCAGGACUUGCAAGUGAGCCUCGCGGACUGGCGGAGACGAAUGCAGGAGGCGGGGAUAGGGGUGGAGGAGGAGGAAGACAUCAGUGAGUUGCGGCAGGAGCGGAUCCAGCUGGGCAACGAGGAGUACGACGCAGGGGCGAUCGUGGGAGGCGACGUGACGGUUCACGUGAUUAAAGCCAUGGAUCUGGGGCUCCGGCCGGAGAAGACGCAUCCGUACGCGGUGGUGCAGGUGGAGGGGCGGCGGCUGCGGUCGUCAGUGUGCAAGGGCACGGUAUGUCCGCAGUGGGACGAGCUGCUGGUGUUCAAAGGCGUGUCUACCGCCUCCAGCAUGGCUAUCUCCAUCUUCAGCAGCGAAACCAUCGGCUCACACAAGUUCCUCGGCCAGGUGGUGCUGCCGCUGGUGGACGGCAGGGCUCUGAACCGCGAGCCCGGGUGGCACAAGCUGAGUCGGCGCACGGCACAUGAGACGGUGACAGGCAGGGUGUUCCUGUCCACGUCUUGGGACGCCACAGAGCUCGAGCUCAUGGCGCUGCAGGUGGCUGCGUGCCAAGGAAGCGGAGCUGGACGCACUGGAGCAGCGACUGGCGCAGGAGAGGGAGGCACGUUAGAGGCGCAGAGAGCGCACCUCCCCUCCCCCCAUCAUUCCCUGCUUCUCCGUUUGCCUCUUGCGUGUCCCUGUGCCCGUUCACCCCUGCAGCUGCGUGCCAAGGAAGCGGAGCUGGACGCGUUGGAAGAGCGGCUGGCGCAGGAGAGGGAGGCGAGGCCCAGGGAGGCCGUCAUGGCAGCAGAGACCCUCGCCAACCCGCACCCACUGCAGCCCCACACGCCCUCCUCGGCCCUGCGCACGCCCACGGGGGGCCCCAUGCUGCGCCGCAUGUUCACCCUCAGGGGCCCUGGGGGGAUGGGUGCAGCGGCUGCCUCGUCCGUGUCGCCUGCUGUGGUGCAGCAGCAUGCCGCUAAGGGGCAGCUCAAGGGGCCCUGGGGUGAUGGGGGCCCUGGGGUGAUGGGUGCGGCUGCCUCUUCCGUGUCGCCUGCUGUGGUGCAGCAGCAUGCCGCUAAGGGGCAGCUCAAGGGGCCCUGGGGUGAUGGGGGCCCUGGGGUGAUGGGUGCGGCUGCCUCUUCCGUGUCGCCUGCUGUGGUGCAGCAGCAUGCCGCUAAGGGGCAGCUCAAGGUGAGUGUUGGAGGGAGGGAGAGGGCGGCGGGCCCAUGCUGCGCCACAUGUGAAGGUGGUGGAGGCAAGGCACCUGGCAGUGCCAGCAGAGUGUCUGCGCUCGGCGUGUUUGGAUCUUCUCUUCCCUUGCUUUACUCACCCCUCUACUCACUCUCCGCUCACCCUGCUCCUCCGUCCUCCCAUGUGCAGGUGAAGGUGGUGGAGGCGAGGCACCUGGCAGUGCCAGCGGAGUGGCUGCGCUCAGUGAAGGUGGUGGAGGCAAGGCAUCUGGCAGUGCCAGCGGAGUGGCUGCGCUCGGUGCACCGGAUGCGUGCCUUUGCUGCGCUCUCCGUGGUGUCCCCCUCGGGCACCAGCACGCUCCCUGUGAAGACGCGCGUCAUCAACGGCACCUUCUUCCCAAAGUGGAACGAAACGUUCUCCAUCAACGAUGCUGCUCUCGCCUCCUCGCUGCGCGUGCAGGUGUUUGACAAGCCAAAGCUGGGCAGCCCGAACCUCCUGGGCGAAGCUACAGUGGACGUCACCACCUUCAAGGACGGGCUGCCACAGUACAUGCUGCUGACUCUCAAGCGAAGUGCUGGGAAAGAAGGGGUGCGUAUCUGCCUGUUCCUGCCUCCGUUUUCCUUUUUCCCCACUUUCCUUGAGCAGGAGGCAGUGGGCGGCAGCAUUCGUCUUCGAGUGCACUGGAUGGUGGACCAUGGGAAGAAGGCAGAGGAGAAGACGGGAGUCAAUUUUACGUUGAACCUGCACGGGAUGACCGUGUCCGUAGUGGACCGCCUGCCCCGAGAGAUCAUGCUGCUGCUCCUGGAAGACAUCUGCUGCUCCUGGGAGGAGUCGGUGAAGGAGGUGGCGGGCAAGGUGGAGGUGGGCAAACUGCAGGUGGACAAUCAACUGCUCACGGCUCGCAACCCUGUUGUGCUCUCGCGCACCCAGGCCUUCCCCGCAGAAGCCCUGUUCAUGGAGCAGAGCAAGGAGCUGGCGAACCAGGCAUCGCUAGCGAGCAUGCUGAGCACGGACCCCAAGGAGAAGGAGAAGGCGUUCGUGUCAGUGGAGUUCACGCGCCUGCUGCAGCACCCCUCCAUCGUCUACUACCGCCGCUUCCUCUUCCAGCUUCAGGAGUUCGACCUGGUUUUGGAGGAGGAUUUCGUGGACACUGCAGUGGCGUACCUGCAGCAGCUGCCUAUGGAUGAUCUCUGGCAGGAGGCGGAGAAGCGGGGUGGGAAGGAGGAGGAGGAGAAGAAGGAGGCGGACGAAGAUUUGGUGGAGGAUAUGACCGGCGCUCCCAUCACCAGGACUUACCUGCCCCGUGACGCCACCAUGGUGUCCCCCACAUCCCGCCGGCACUUAGUUAAGUCGGAGCCGUUGGAGCCGUUGGUGAACAGCAGCAGCUGGGUGGCGGGGAACCAGGGCCUGCGGUGGUACUUUGAGCGCUUCCAGGUGCAGUCCAUGCGCAUCAACGUCACGCUCGUCAUGAACCCCAUCAAGAGCGAUGCACCGCCGCCCUCCGGAAGCAGCUCCGAGUGGCACCUCCGGACCACCGCGUCCUCUGCGGGGUUCCCGCUCAUCUCGCUCACCCGAGCCCCGCUGAGACUCAACAGUCUGGUGCUGGACAAUGCGUUUCAGAAUCAGAGCACGCUGCAGACGUACGUGCUGCGCCACUACGGUGUGCAGCUGCUGCAGGGGCUCCACAAGAUCCUCGGCUCCGUUGAGCUGCUCGGCGCCCCGCUAUCCCUGGUGGACAACCUUGCCACAGGAGUCAUGGACUUCUUUGUUGAGCCUGCCUCCGCCACCACGCCGGAGGAGUUCCUGAAUGGCGCAGUGAAGGGCACGGUGAGUCUGAUGAAGCACUCGUCGUACGGCGUGCUUCACUCCAUCAGCUCCCUCGCUGGCGGCAUCGGCUCCGGAUUUGCCAAGCUCACCUUCGACGACUCCUUCAUCCAGAGGUUCAGCCAGCGGCCGGAGGGAACAUCGCAGCAGGUGCUGCGAGGAGCACAGGACGUGGGGCUGGGCUUCGUGGGGGCCGUCACAGGACUGGUGCUGCAGCCGCUGGAGGGUGCACGCAGGGAGGGGGCCGUGGGUGCAGUCAAGGGCAUGGGCAAAGGGGUGGUUGGGCUGGUGACCAAGCCGCUGUCGGGGCUGCUGGGGUUUGCGUCGACGCUGACUGAGAGCGCCGGCACGGGGAUCAGGGCGAUUGGGGGGGAUGUGACAAGGCGGAGUGUGCCGCGGAUUCGACUGCCCAGCACUUUUGGGCGAAAUGAUGCGAUCUCGCUGGAGCCAGAGGACAGUGUGGAGCUGAAGCUGGUGCUGGCCAUACUGGACUUUGGGCGGUACCGUGACGAGCACCUGUUGGACCAUCUGCAGACGUCAGGGCGCAUGGCGGUGCUAUUCACCGUUGCGCGCCUCAUCUUCUACGACUGCCAGCGCAACGUCUUCUACUGGCAGAUCCCUCUUAAAGUGAUGGGAAUGGAGGGGCGGCUGGAGAGCAUAAUUCUGUACGAUGCAGAUGUGGUGAUCGCAGGCAAGAAGCUCCCUCUGCGCAUGCCCGCCCGCAAGGUCAUCAAGACCACCACCCGCGAACUCCACAUGGCGCUCUUAGUUAAGCUCAACCGACACUUAGCCCGCAUCCGCGCCGCACUCCCCUCCUCCUCUGCCACCUCCCCCCACCGCGGGUCCCGUGAUUCAGUUGCUGCCAGCACUGCUGAUGAUGCGUCACACUCCUCCUCUCGCCCCCUCUCUGCUGGCUCGUCUCCUGUUCUCUCUCCCUCCCCCUCCCUCCCUUCCCCUCUCCGCCUUGCUCAAUCCCCUGGGAACGUCUCUGAGGCGAGUGCUGUUGGCGGCAAGGUAGCAGGGAGGUCUGGAGGAGCAGCCGGUGCUGGUGUUGGCAGGAGCAGCAGUGGUGGUGGUGCCGCUGAUCGUACGGCUGGGAGAGUCUUUGCCGGCAGCCAGUUCCCGCUCACAAAGAAUUUAUCUGCGCAGAGAGAGCAGGAGGAGGAGGGGGAGAAGGAGGAGAAAGAGGAGGAAGAGGCUUCUGAAUCUGCUCGCGGGGUGAGUGUGGCGGGAGGAGUUGCUGCGGCAACGGGAGCGACACGGUGGAGGAAGCAAACCAGUGGGAGAGGUGCUGCAGGCGCUGCAGCUGACAAGGGCAAGUCUCCUGUAGACCAGACUCACAGCGGCCCAGCUCCGGUCAGAGCUAAGAAAAGCAGCUUCCGCAGGGGCAAAUCAGGAGGAUUCGGGGGAGGUGACAAGUUGGGGAAACAGGGUGUGAUAUGGGAAGAUGCGGAUGUGGAGGCAGCACAAGUGGACCAGGGCGACAGUGACGAGGAUGAUUAUCGCGAGGAUGCAAAUGGUGGGGCGGCAAGGGUGGCUCAGUUGGAUAGGGAGGAGCGGCAGGAGGUGCGGCGGAAUCUGGAUGCUAUACUGACGACUUGCCAAGUGGCGAGUGCAAGAGCUGGCGGUCGAGCAGACCCUGCUUCGGCUCUGGUUUCUGUGAGAUUCCUUGCACUUGCUGCGUAUUCCCGCGUACAGGCACAUAGGGCUGAACAGGCCACGCUAGGAGCGACAGCGUUGCAAGGGGUGCGGAGGGGUGAUGAUUCGCAAUGGGAGGAAGAUGUGUCGGCAUUGCUGUGCACAAUGGUGGCUCUGACUGAAGGUGGUGAGACUGGUUCGUCGAGAGACCAGUCUCAGAUCAUGGGAACGCUCGAGGCAAUCUGCCACCAGGCCAUUGACCUGCGGUGCUCCGCCGCGUCAGCAGAUGAUCCAAGGGCCACGCUUCCUUCCGUUGCUAUCGUAUCUGGCGAUAAUGGAUCUCUCAAGAGCGCGAGUCAGGCUGGCGCGCAGAGGGCAGCGCAGGAGGCGAGUGACGACGACGUGCUGAUAGAGCUCAAGGACGUGUACAAGUCGUUCGGCAGCAAGCACAUCCUCAGAGGCGCGUCGCUCAAGAUCCGGAGGGGCGAGGCGGUGGGGGUGAUAGGGCCGUCUGGCACGGGCAAGUCAACGAUUCUGAAAAUCAUGGCGGGUCUGCUGGCACCUGACAAGGGCGAGGUGUGGAUAUGCGGCAAGAAGCGAGAGGGGUUGAUCAGCGAUCAGGAGAACGUGGGCUUGCGGAUUGGCCUGGUGUUUCAAAGCGCAGCUCUGUUCGACUCAUUGACCGUGCGUGAGAAUGUGGGCUUCCUGCUAUACGAGCACUCGCGGCUGUCUGAGGAGGAGAUUCGCCUGCGAGUGAAGGACAGCCUCAAGGCAGUGGGGCUCAAGAAUGUGGAGGAGCGAUUCCCCUCGGAGCUCUCAGGCGGCAUGAAGAAGCGAGUAGCACUGGCACGGGCGAUCGUGUCGGACAGCGAUGCUCCGCAGCUGGAGGAGGAGGUGGUGAUGUACGAUGAGCCGACCGCAGGGCUAGAUCCGAUUGCGUCCACCGUGGUCGAAGAUUUGAUUCGCUCGCUGCACGUGGGGUCAUCGGUUCCGGUGCCGGUGACUGCGGAGAUAGCAGCUGGGUUGGAGUCGGAUUUUGAAACAGAGUCUGAGGAUUCGGAGGAUGAGAUGGGCGGCGGGAGAGGGGCGGGUGGUGCUGUGGGUGGGGGCAGCAGGGAUGGUAGCGGCAGCGGCAGCGGUGGUGGCUCCAAGGCUCGCAAAAUGGCAUCGGUAUCGUCGUACAUUGUCGUGACACAUCAGCACAGCACGAUUCGGCGAGCUGUUGACAGGCUGCUGUUCCUGUACGGAGGGGAGGUGGUGUGGGAGGGCCCCACAGAGGAGUUUGACACGACUGACAACCCCAUAGUGAGACAGCAUGACCAGUUCCCUUUCCUCUUCUGUUCUUGCGUGUGCUUGCAGUUUGCUGUUGGCAGUCUCGACGGCCCUAUUCGCUACUAG